CUCCUCUCUCGGUUCCUUUUCCCUCGCUCAAGAUGGCGCUGCUCGCGAUACAUUCUUGGCGCUGGGCAGCCGCGGCGGUCGCUUUCGAAAAGCACAAGCAUUCGGCAGUUCUGACCCGGUCUCUAGUCUCCAUCUGCGGCUCAGGCCUGCGGUGGAGUUCGUACCAGAGCGGCGCGUCAGGAAGCGCUCGGCUGUCCCAGACUACAGAAUCAUUAAGAAAUUCUACACAGCAGAGAUGGGGAAAAGACAACUCAAGACAGUUACUAGAUGCUUCAAAGGUUCUUCAGGCAUGGCCAUUGAUAGAAAAGAGAACGUGUUGGCAUGGGCACGCAGGAGGAGGACUCCACACAGACCCAAAAGAAGGGUUAAAGGACGUUGAUACUAGAAAAAUCAUUAAAGCCAUGCUUUCUUAUGUGUGGCCCAAAGACAGGCCUGAUCUGCGAGCCAGAGUUGCCAUUUCCCUGGGAUUUCUGGGUGGUGCAAAGGCCAUGAAUAUUGUGGUUCCUUUCAUGUUUAAAUAUGCUGUAGACAGCCUCAACCAGAUGUCGGGAAACAUGCUGAACCUGAGUGAUGCACCAAAUACAGUUGCAACCAUGGCAACAGCAGUUCUGAUUGGCUAUGGUGUAUCAAGACCGGGGCUACCUUUUUCAAUGAAGUCCGAAAUGCGUGCAUUUGGCAAAAGUAGCACAAAUUCAAUCCGAAGAAUAGCCAAAAAUGUAUUUCUCCAUCUUCACAACUUGGAUCUGGGUUUCCAUCUGAGCAGACAGACAGGAGCUUUAUCUAAGGCUAUUGACAGAGGGACAAGGGGCAUUAGUUUUGUCCUCAGUGCUUUAGUAUUUAAUCUUCUCCCUAUUGUGUUUGAGAUGACGCUUGUCAGUAGUGUUUUGUAUUACAAAUGUGGGGCCCAGUUUGCAUUGGUAACCCUGGGAACACUUGGUGCAUAUACAGCAUUCACAGUUGCAGUUACACGGUGGAGAACUAGAUUUAGAAUAGAAAUGAACAAAGCUGAUAACGAUGCAGGGAACGCUGCUAUUGACUCACUGCUGAAUUAUGAAACUGUGAAGUAUUUUAACAAUGAAAAAUAUGAAGCACAAAGAUAUGAUGGAUUCUUGAAGACAUAUGAGACUGCUUCAUUGAAAAGUACUUCUACUCUGGCUAUGCUGAAUUUUGGCCAAAGUGCUAUUUUCAGUGUUGGAUUAACAGCUAUCAUGGUGCUUGCCAGUCAGGGAAUUGUGGCAGGUGCCCUUACUGUUGGAGAUCUAGUAAUGGUGAAUGGACUGCUUUUUCAACUUUCAUUACCCCUUAACUUCUUGGGAACUGUAUAUAGAGAGACACGGCAAGCACUCAUAGAUAUGAAUACCUUGUUUACUCUGCUCAAGGUAGACACGCGGAUUAAAGACAAAGCGAUGGCAUCUCCCCUUCAAAUAACACCACAGACAGCCACAGUGGCCUUUGAUAAUGUGCAUUUUGAGUACAUUGAAGGACAGAAAGUCCUUAGCGGAGUAUCUUUUGAAGUCCCUGCAGGAAAGAAAGUGGCCAUUGUAGGAGGUAGUGGGUCAGGAAAAAGCACGAUAGUGAGGCUGCUGUUUCGCUUCUAUGAGCCUCAAAAGGGUAGCAUUUACCUUGCUGGUCAAAAUAUUCAAGAUGUGAGCCUGGAAAGUCUUCGGCGUGCAGUGGGAGUAGUACCUCAGGAUGCUGUCCUCUUCCAUAAUACUAUCUACUACAACCUCUUAUAUGGAAACAUCAAUGCGUCACCAGAGGAAGUAUAUGCAGUCGCAAAAUUAGCUGGUCUUCAUGAUGCAAUUCUUCGAAUGCCACAUGGAUAUGACACACAAGUAGGAGAACGAGGACUCAAGUUAUCAGGAGGAGAAAAGCAGAGGGUAGCGAUUGCAAGAGCCAUUUUGAAGGAUCCCCCAGUUAUUCUCUAUGAUGAAGCUACUUCAUCAUUAGAUUCAAUUACUGAAGAGACUAUUCUUGGUGCCAUGAGGGAUGUGGUGAAGCACAGAACUUCUAUUUCAUCCUUUAUAGAUUGUCAACAGUUAUUUGAUGCAGAUGAAAUUGUGUUUCCUUUGCAGGGGAAAGUAGCUGAACGUGGUACCCACUAUGGUCUGCUUGCUAAUUCUAGUAGUAUCUAUUCAGAGAUGUGGCAUACACAGAGCAGCCGCAUACAGAACCAUGAUAACCUCGGAUGGGAUGCAAAGAAAGAGAGUCUCUCUAAAGAGGAGGAGAGAAAGAAGCUCCAAGAAGAGAUUGUCAACAGCGUGAAAGGCUGUGGAAAUUGCUCCUGCUAAGGAACACAGACAUUUUCUCGUCUUUCUUUUUGUUGUCUUGUUUGGUUUUGAAAUAUACAUUUGCACUGAAGUAAAACCAGUUCACAAAAACACAAAUCAUACAUUCCCAUUCCUUUAAUCCUAUUAAAUAUGAUUUGUUUAAAGGAGGUUUGAUUUUUAUGUCUUUCACCAUCUUUUCAAUGUGACAUCUAUAAUUAUUCCCAAAUUAUUUUCUUGUUAUUGCCCCAAGUGUGUUCAGUACAUAAUUUUGGUUACAAUUUGAUUUUACCCUACAACUGUGUUUGAAGUCUGACAUCCAUUUGAUAUCAAUAACCAAACGAAUUAGAGUGGUUUCUGAAUUUAAGUGCAGUCUUUUAAAACCUCCUUUAUACUGACAAGUUGUAGGGAGACCAUAUUUUUUUCUCUUAAAUUUAAACAGGAAUAAAAAAGAAGAGUGUAUUUUUUUCUUCCACUUUAGUUCCUCCAGUUGUAUUUCCUUGUCAAUCUGAAAAUUAGUUUGAAAACACAUAAGUUAGAAUUUACCAAAAAAUGAACUAUAUUUAUACUUUGGGCAUUUUACUUUUAGAUAUCUAUAAUUACAGUUUUUAUUGUGUCCUUUUUGGAGGAAAAACUCAUAUUGGUGGAUAGAAUAUUAUCUUUAAUCACCACUGCUGCUCUUAUCUAUGAUUAGAAUUUUGUUUUUACCCCAAAAUUUUUGUUUUGGAUUAAAUUUUAAUUUUUUUUAAUUUUUCUUUAAAAGUCUCACGAAUCUUGAUGUCACUUGAGACUUAUUAUACUGCAAAUGAUCCCAAAAGCUUAGGGAGUUAAUAGCCUUUCCUAUUUCCAACUUAAGUGCACUGCUUUUGCUAUCUGUAAAAAAGGACGUUGUACAUCCACACGUGUCUGUCUGUGUACAUACUCAUACAUUUAUGUAAAUCAGUGUCCACUUAAAACUAUCUAAAAUGUAUGGUAAAUAGGAAAGGAUUCCAUAUAUACAUAUAAUGUUUAGAUGACCAGGUAUCUUGCUCUGUUUUGACACUUCAAAUUGCUAUGUAUUUUAUUAUAAGGCUUUUUUUAUUCAUAAUUUAAUGGAUUCUGUUAAGUCUAAUGUAAAAAAGAGAAUAAGUGGUAUAUCAAGUUUUACUGAGAAAAAAUAGAAAAUCAUUUUACUUACUAGAAAUAAUUAUUAAAAUGAGAUGCACAUUUCACUUAAAAAGUUGUUCUCUUAAGCUAGACAUGGUAGUAUGAAUCUGGAGUCCCAGCAUCAGGUUGAAGUCAGGAAUUUGAGGCUAGCCUGGGCAAUAUAGCAAGACCCUGUCUCUUAAAGUUAAAAAAGACAAAAAGUUCUUCUCUUGAUUCAAUAUGAAUUUAAUUUGUUUGAUAGUACCCAUUCAGUUCAAAACACAUGCGUAUCUCAUGAAUUGCCACAUAAUCAUUUGUAAUAUGGUUUUAUUUCUCAGGAAAGGUCAUAAACUGCUUAUUACAUUAUGGUUUUAAUAUGUUUAAAAUAAUAAUUCAGUGUGGAAGAGAUUAAUAUUUUUUGAUUUGUACAUUAGUAUUAAUAAAUAGCUUCAAUUAUAUUACAAUAAUUUGAUAAUCUGAGGCCAGUAUUUCAGUUAGUCUUUGAUAGCAAAGUAAGUUAUGUGGGAUCUUGCCUUUAAGUUCAAAGGUAAAAUAAAUAGUUCAGUGUGUCAUGAACUGCAAACUAGCUUUGGUUUGGUUUGUUGGUGUUUCUUACUUUCAAGACAUAGGCAUCAGUGCUUUUCUCAAGGGGAGAGGGAGCACAUCCUUUAAAUAAAUCAGUUACAUCACUGGAGAUGUGGAUAAACUUAGAUAAAAAUCUUGCUUCUGUGUUAAUUCCCAUGUUUACACUGAUGCUGUGGGAAUGAUGGAAUGCAGUUACACAGACAAGCAGUGUGUAAUAAUCAUUAGUAAGAAUUGGUCUUGACAUGUACACCCCAGCAUUCAAAGCAAGUUAUUUUGUGAUAUGGGGAACAUUUUACUCCAAAGGAAGUAGGAAUAUUUUCAAGGUAAUGAUAAUAUCCCCACUAAGAUUUUGAAACUAUUUUUUCAUAUGAUUGCAGAUGGUCCCUAGGUCACUAUAGUCAUUAAACUGUUAUCAGCUAACAAAACUUAAAUUAUCUGGUUUAAGUGAUGGUUCAGAGGCCAUCACUAAGUCUUAAAGACAUCUUUUUAGAAACUCCAUCAUCCUUAGGUAGUUCUAAAAGGGAAAUAAUAGACAGAUUAAGACGAAAGACAAGCUUCCUGGGAUGACUCAGUUAUAGGAAAUGCCAAGGAACGGGCAUUUAAUUAUAAUAUACUAAUUUUACAUCACAACAUUACAUAAUUACAAAAGAGGAUAAUGUGUAUACAUUUUUAAAAAAUUAGCAUUGCAGCAAUGCAUUUUAAAUGUAUUGGGAGGACUAAGCUAUAGUUUACAAAUUUGAGCUCUGAAAAUAGAGGAAGAUGAUGGGGAUUCAUUUUUUACAUCUCCUUAUUUUAAAGAUUAAAAAUUUUACUACUUUCUUCUUAAAGGAAUUCCAGUUUACAAAAAUUAACUUGAAACCAAGGUAAUGUAGGAUCAUAAAAACGGGGCCAGAUGCCUUCCUGAUUGUCCUUAACAUAGAACUGUCAUGGUGUACAGAUGGGCUUCUUUGUGAUCUGGGAAACCUUUGCAUCUGGACGUGAACAAGCUCAAAAUAUGCAUUGACUUUUCCUUUACACGGAUUUGCAUCUUUUCUAUACCGUAAGAGAAACGUUCUGUCUUUCCCCUCUAUGUCGACAGAUCUCAGUUUGUGUGGAUGGUUGUUUUUUAAAACUUGUUUUGCUCUAAAGGCCAGGUAUUUAAAAAACUGUGAUUUCUUGUUUCUAGACCACCAUUUCCCUACUGCCAUCUUGCUCCUAUUCUUCCUACUUGCCAAAUCCAUCACCAAGUAGCAGCCUUUGCCAGUAUGUAUUCCUAAUUUCCCAUCUUGUGACUUAUUACAGGGUAUUCUGUUGUAAAUUAGCAGUUUAAAGUGUUUAAAUAUGUUUGUAAUUAUAGUUCCUUUUUAAUUAUAGAAAAAUUCCUUCUUUCCCUCUCUCUGAGUGUAUUGAUUUGAAAUGUAAACUGGUAAAUCAUAACAUUGAGUGAAACACUCUGGAUAAAGAUGAUUAAGACAAAACAUCUCAGCCGAGCAUUUACCUUAGCACAGUUCUCUUGUUUAUAGCAACCUAUGAGGAUAAUCAUUACUGAAUAAAUACGAUGUCUUUGUGCCUAGAAAUGAG